CAAACGUCCAUCUGUCAGACACAGUUUGCUCUGACCAGAACGCGGAGACGCGUCGCUUUUUACGCACAGCACGAAUCACAGCAGAGUCCGAGCAGCUCUUUGUCGCAGUAAUGAUGACCGCUGAGUGCAGUUUAGAGCCUCCUGAGCUCGAUGUACACUUUUAAGGAGCCGCGGAGUCGACUGAUCUCUCGCUUCUGUCGCGCGUAAAACCUGUUGGUGCGUCUGGAAAGCGUCAAACCAGCUGCAAAAUCUAGUUAUUUUUCCUCAGGAUAUCUGAACUAAAACAAGAUGGAAAACUUUACGACAGCUCCAGAAAUGAACAACACUUUGGGCAAUUGGACGGACUACAGCAUUCAGUAUAAAGUGAUAAGCAGUUCGUUGCUUUUCGUGAUUUGCGCUUUGGGGAUCGUUGGCAACGUUAUGGUCAUCCUGGUGGUGCUGACCACCAAACACAUGAGGACUCCAACCAACUGCUACCUGGUGAGUUUGGCUGUGGCUGACCUGAUGGUGCUGACAGCGGCUGGUUUACCCUCCAUCACAGACAGUAUCUUUGGGUCUUGGGUGUUUGGCCACUACGGGUGCCUCUGCAUCACCUACUUCCAAUACCUCGGAAUCAACGCCUCCUCUUGCUCCAUAACAGCCUUCACCAUCGAGAGAUACAUCGCCAUCUGCCAUCCGAUUAAAGCUCAGUUUCUGUGCACCCUGUCCAGAGCAAAAAAGAUCAUUUUAUUCGUUUGGGCUUUUACCUCUCUUUACUGUGUGAUGUGGUUCUACCUGUCAGACAUCCAGGAGCUGGUGUACGACAACAUCACCAUCAUCACCUGCGGCUACAGAGUCUCCAGGAAGUUUUAUUUACCCAUUUACUUCUUCGACUUCGGCGUCUUUUUCGUGUUGCCGCUGCUGCUCUCCGCCGUCCUGUACGGGCUCAUCGCCAGGAUCCUCUUCCUCAACCCGCUGCCCUCCGACCCCAAAGACAAGAAGAAGAACGGACACAACAACCACCACAACGUCAAUAACAAAAUCAGCUGCAAAAACUCCCGUCACUCCAGCUCCACCGCGACCUCCCGCAGGCAGGUGACCAAGAUGCUGGCGGUGGUGGUGAUCCUGUUCGCCACGCUCUGGAUGCCGUACCGCACCCUGGUGGUGGUCAACUCCUUCCUGGACCAGGCCUACCUGGACAACUGGUUCCUGCUUUUCUGCAGGAUCUGCAUCUACCUCAACAGCGCAAUCAACCCAGUCAUCUACAACGCCAUGUCUCAGAAGUUUCGUGCCGCUUUCCGCAAGAUCUGCCGCUGCGGGAGGAAAGGCUCAGAUAAGCCCGCCACCUACGGCGUGGCCCUCACGUACAGCGCGGUCAAGGACACGUCGAUGGUGGAGAGCACCGAUCACUUCACGACGGAGCUGGAGGAGCUGACGGUCACAGAUGAACUGCUGUCUGAUCAGAAAAUGAUGUUCUCAGACCCUUGUAUGUACGGGAAGGUGAAUUUCAGUGACGCCUGACUUUCAGAGAGUUCAUGGGGGAUUGAAGAGAUUGAAAAUGUUAUUUAAUGGAGUCUGUUAAGUGGGAAUAUUGUGUUUUGAGUGGCUGCUGACCUUUUCGAAGACAGGCUGCUGUACAUAGAGACGUAAGCACAGUCUAAUGACAGUCUUUGGGGCACAAAGCCAAACAACACUUGAUGGAGAAUGAUACAGGAUAUUGUAAAACAACAAACAUCGACAGAUAAGCCCUCUUUUGUCUCAUAGCUGUUCUCUUAUCUUGGACCUAUCAGAGUAAUUUACUGUGCAUGAGUCAAUAAAACCACGUGGAUGUGAACAAAAAAAACAUUCCCCACUUCAGAUAUAUGGUGUUGUGCCACAGUCUCUGAAGCAGCACAGGGCGGCACGGCACUCGUGAAGUGACCAUCUGACAUGAUGUGAACUCAAAUACCUAGAAAUCAUACAGCGUUUACCAACACGGCCAGCCAGUGAUGUUUUGUUACCAGAGGAUACCAAAGAGAUGAUGGAAGCGAAGAGACUAAGGCCAACAAGCCCGGUUUGGAACUGAUUCAAUGUUUCCCAAGAGUGAAUCGAUUGAUGCUAAAAUUCACGAUGGGUCAUUUCCACAGCCUCAGCCUCAGCCAGAGUUUGGGAUUUGAUCUUUUAUUUUCCAACUAGAAAGAAAACAAAAACCAAAACCCUCACCACAUGUUUUUCAGGGCAGGUGGUCCAUUAAAGGGUGAGUCACACCUGAACCUUUGCAGACACAACGGGCAGUAUUUUUACUGUGAAGGACAGAACGGCCUCGAGCCGAAUGUGAAAACCAAGACCGACUGUGCUGAGUGCGUACUGGAGGCUGGGGUUGAGCCUUUAUAAGGUCUCUUGAUGGGUUUGUUGAGUUUUUCCACAGCGAAGGACACAAGUUCACGGACAGGGACGUGGAACGAAAGUGCAUCAAGCUCAUUGUGACUUUAAAAAUCUUCCACAAUGAGGCUUGUUAUGUGCUGCUAAAGCUUCCACAGCAUCAUCCUGUCUCUAAUAAGGCACAGCUUAGUCUGGGUUUACAAGUUGUGAGUGACAGCUUUAUUCAUAGGCUAGAAAUUAUUUUAGAAUGCU